GUGACCCACGCUAACCGCCAUCUUUGUGUGCUGUAUAAACACUCUAACCGGGAUAGUGACGAUUUCAAGAUUUGUUGGAGUUUUUUUAGUGUUUAUAAGUGAUUAAGUGAAUCAGAAAAUGUCUGGAGAGAAAGUGGACGUCAAGAAAGAAAAUGCAGUUGAUGUUUCAAAUAGGGAAUCAGAAGACGAUGCUCCACAAGGUCGCAAUCGAAGAAGUGGUGGGAAAAGAGUGUCUACAAUUACUAGAACUACCCAGGAAGGAGAAGCUCUUUUGAAGGGUUUGGGGCAUGAGGAGAGUGGGAGUGUGGAAGUAGAGAACAGGCGACGCACCAGAUCUUCCACCAGAGGUGUCCCACCCACUCCACCUCCUCCAGUCAAGAGAGAAAAGAAAACACCACCUUCUGGAGGAAGGGGUUCACGACGUGGCAGGCCUAAGAGAGAGGAGAACCAGGAGGAGAAGCCGAAGGAGGAUGGCAGUGAACAGGAGACCACUAAUGAUGCGGCCAAUGAUAAGAGCGGUGGGAAGCCCGGUGCUGAGGAGAUGGAAGAGAAGGACAAGAAUACUGAAGGAGGUGAUCUGGAGAAGAAGAUGGAAGUUGAUGAGGAUAAAGCGACCCCUGCAGCAGCAGAUCAGGACUCAAGCAGUAGUCAGACACAGAAGUCAGAAUCAGCUUCUGACGGACCGGAAGGUGCGGUGCCAGUAACUGAAAAUGCUGAAAAUGCAGAGGCCAAAACUCCGGACGGGAACCACGAAGAAGCUGACAAACACCCGUCUCCAGCGAAGGAGACUGCUGAUGCCAGUGAGAGACCAGGAUCCGUGGCUGAAAACGAAGUGAAUGAAGACAAGGCCCCUAGCAGUGAGGACAAGCCUGCCCCGGUCCCAACAAUACCGGCACCAGCAACAACAGCAGUAGUCACGCCUACAGCAGAUGGGAGCAGUGGUGACCCCAAAAAGCCCGCCAUCAGUGUCAUACCCCCCACCAUUGAAAACAACAAGGUUACUGUGCCCACAACAACAGUGACGGGAUUGACAGAAGAAGGGAAACCGGCAGCAGCAGAGUAACAGUCGUCUCUGGGCUUCGUGUACCUGAUUUUUAUAUGAUGUAAGUAUGCAGUUCCGCGGGCUCCACAUUCUGUCUGUCAAAGUUCAGCAUGAGUAACAGCCGUUGUUUCUCUUGCAGAUCCCUUUUGACGUUGAGGCGUCAUAUUUUAAAUACAGUUUAGAACAAGUUGUACAGAAGAUGAGUGAGAGAACGAGCGAGAGGGACUAGAACAUUUGCCCUGUAAAAAAACCAAGAAAAUGAAUUAAAAGAUAUAAUAUAAAAAUGGGAGUCUACAAUAGUGUUACAUAUGUGUGUGUUUCAUCUUAUUCUCGACACAGUGAAAUGGUUGGUAAGUGCUGCUGGUCACCUCCACCCCACAGGAGUUCCAAAUCAUCCUGCACAACAUUUCUCAGAAACUGGUGUGAUGUGUAUGUAACAGCAUCUCUGGAGUUCAGACAUUGUGCAUUUCAUCAUUCAGCUGUUUUUCCUGUGGUUUAGUUUCUUCAUCUUCACAGUUUUAUAAGAUUGUCAGUUCUGUGUGUUACUGAAACCUGUUAGUGGAAGAUGCAUUUCGUUGUAUGUUUAAAAUGAUUUGCAUAUUAUGUCUUAAUUUGAAAGGCAGUAUUUUAGGUGGAUUUUGGAAUAUAUCUGUUGCUUCAGAAUGACCCCAACAUGGAGAAUGUAUUGAUGAGGGUCAGUUGGCAUAUUUUCGUUGGCUAACAGCUGGUUUUCUAAUGUAUGGAUGUUUGUUGCAAAAGUAUGCCUCUUUGUGUCAUACUUGUGGCUGCAUUUUGUUAGCACCAACUCAGGAAAUCUAAAAAGAAAGCAUAAACUAACUAGUACCUACCUGUUGGCAGUGGCAAGCACAAGUGUGUCACAACUCACCCUCUGCCCCGUUGUCUGAACCUUCCUGAACAAGCGCAGAUCUCCAGUGGUCUUCUUUUCAUUGUUUUUGUCUCAUCUCCUUCUGUACUUCUUCCAGUCUGUGCAAUGUAUUUGGUGUCUAACCUCAGGCACUCUGGGAAGACAGUAAAAUAGGAAUUGGGGGGGGAAGGUUUGUAUCUAAUUUUCAGAGAAACCAGUGUAUUGACAAUCUAUACAUAUUUAAAGUAUAUGAUGUUUAGAAUUAAAUGCUUUUCUUUUUCCCUCUCCAUCACAUAACAGUGCAAAGAUAGAAGUUUAUGACAGUUGAGGGGGGAGUUCUCAGUUCUAAUGUAAUUUAAGUUAAACCUGCAUGAAGAACAGAACUCUUUUUUUUUUACAGAAUGUGGGUUUAGAGUUUAUCUUUGUUUCAGUUACUAAAAUCUUAUAAGUAAUCACUCAGUUUUAGGGACUACAUUGAAUGGUAUGUUUUGCCCUUCUGUAAACAGUGUGACAAAACUUCUGUACCAUCACUAACUGUUUAAAAUUUACAUUCUUUGUCAUUGUAUUACAGUUCUUGUGGAAAUUGUUCAUACAAUUGCUAAUUUAUUUUAUCUUAAUUUAUUUUUUUGUUCCAAGAAUUUUAUAGGGUUUAAAAAACUCAGCAGCCCAUGAGUGUUGGGCCCUAAGCAUUCCUUUGCACUGUCUGUAACUUCAAGUUUGUGUCAGCUGUUGUUUGUUAACUAAGUCAGUGGGCAAUCUGGUAAACUAAACCUCUUGAGGGAGGUUUUGAAAAUGAGAUGUAUUUCAGAUUUAAAAUUCAUGCCAUAUUUUCUCGACCUUAUGAUGCACUUUGUGAUGUAAUGGAUCUUCCACCAAGAUACUGAUAAUGUUUGGAAACCUGAAAUAACAUAUUUGUUUUUGAAAGUGAAUGCAGAAAAUUUGUGCAUUGAUUUUAGCUGGUGGCAGUAAGACGCUGCAGUUUUAAAACAAAUCUUAUAUUGUGGUUUGAAACUUUCUGUUUACAGCAGAAGAUUUGACGAGACUGGUAUAUGAAUGUUUUCCUGCAUGCACCUUAAGGUUGGAAAAUAUGGUAUGCCCGUGUUUAUGUAUCAGUUUUAUUUACGGACUACAGACUUCAGUUUCUGUAAUUUGUUUACUUAUGUGUAGCGAGAAGGUGCGAUGUCCUGCUGUUAAUAUUUUCUAAAGAAUGUCAAUUAACAUCAACAUGGGAUGGGAGUGCAAUCUUUGUUUCUUUUUAUUUUAUAUUGAUGUGCCAUUUCUGCUAAUUCCCCCCUCCCAUUGACCAGAAUUCUGUCGAGGAGUCAGGAUGUUGCAGAAAGGGCAAAACUUAACACAUUUCACUGCAUCCAUCCAUCCAUCCAUCUGUAAUAGUCAUUCAUUGUCAUCCUCAGAUCAACUUGAUGUUUGUAAUUACUUGAAGUCAUUAUUUCUUGCUACUAUUUUUAGUUAGGUCCCUUUGAGCAGGUCUGUAGCAGAUGAAUGUGUAGUUUAGGUAUCUGUCAGUAUGUGAGUAGUAGCAUCAUCUCUUUCUAGGGACUUGCUGUAGAGAACAAGUUUGUAAAAAUUCCAUGUAAAGCAGUGGUUUUAACACGGAAAAAAUGUUGCCGAAAGUAAUCAAAAUUGGAUUUCUUUUUGAUUUGAGGGGGCGAGAAAGACUACUGCUGCCUCAUUUAAAAUAAUAAAUAGAACACAAAACUUUGCACAAUGUUUUCAUUUACAGUGCACUUGUUACCACAUACAUACCUUCAGACGUUGGGAAACUGGGUGUAGUUACGAUGAGAAAAAUAAAUGAUUGUAAGGAGUUGAAA